AAACUUUGCUCUCCCCACUCACACCCAGAGUCCCAGGACAGACUGAGUCUUCUCACAAACGAGGACUAGACCAAUCCAGGCAAAAUGGUGAAAGUCGGUAUCAAUGGGUUUGGCCGCAUUGGUCGUCUGGUGACCCGUGCUGCUGUCACCUCCAAGAAGGUGGAGAUUGUGGCCAUCAAUGACCCGUUCAUCGACCUGGAGUACAUGGUCUACAUGUUCAAGUAUGACUCCACUCACGGCCGUUUCCACGGUGAGGUUAAGGCUGAGGGAGACAAACUUGUCAUUGAUGGACACAAAAUCAGUGUCUUCCACGAGAGGGACCCGACUAACAUCAAAUGGGGUGAGGCUGGUGCCGAGUACGUUGUGGAGUCCACUGGUGUGUUCACCACAAUCGAGAAGGCCUCGGCUCACUUGAAGGGUGGCGCCAAGAGAGUCAUCAUCUCUGCCCCCAGCGCCGACGCCCCCAUGUUCGUCAUGGGCGUCAACCACGAGAAGUACGACAAAUCCCUUCAGGUUGUCAGCAACGCCUCCUGCACUACCAACUGCCUGGCUCCCCUGGCUAAAGUCAUCCAUGAUAACUUUGGCAUCGUUGAGGGCCUGAUGAGCACAGUUCACGCCAUCACCGCCACCCAGAAGACCGUAGAUGGCCCCUCUGGUAAGCUGUGGAGGGACGGCCGUGGUGCCAGCCAGAACAUCAUCCCAGCCUCUACUGGUGCUGCGAAGGCUGUGGGCAAGGUCAUCCCUGAGCUCAACGGCAAACUGACCGGCAUGGCCUUCCGUGUCCCCACCCCCAACGUGUCUGUGGUUGAUCUGACAGUUCGCCUGGAGAAACCAGCCAAGUAYGAUGACAUUAAGAAGGUUGUGAAAGCUGCUGCUGAUGGACCCAUGAAGGGCAUUCUGGGAUACACUGAGCACCAGGUUGUCUCCACAGACUUCAACGGCGACUCCCACUCCUCAAUCUUCGAUGCCGGCGCUGGCAUCGCUCUCAACGACCACUUCGUCAAGCUGGUUUCCUGGUAUGACAACGAGUACGGCUACAGCAACCGUGUUUGCGACCUGAUGGCCCACAUGGCUUCCAAGGAGUAAACCAAGCAGCUGACUGUUUGACACUGUUGAUCCGCAUUCUCAGAGUGAUGAAUGUACAUACUUAAUGUAUCGUCUAUGAUUCUACCUGGUUCCAUCAGAUAGUCGACCCCUUCAUCAUCUGCCUGAGGAAACAUCCCAUCUAAAAAAAUGAUUUAAUUGUCUGACCAAUUUUUUUUUUAUUUGGUAAACUCCCUGUUCUGUUGUGUUGGAGUGAAGGUGUGAAAGUCGUCCUGUCUGUAGUACUGAAGUGCUGCAGUCAGAGGUGGAAUAAAGUCCUUUUUUGUGAGAAA